AUUUAUAACAAGAAUGGACGGAACAGAAGAAGCAAUACCUGAUGGAGUCAACACAGGAAACUCCUUAUUUCAUUAUAUCAACCUAGCAUUAGUUAUCAUCGACUUAGUGACUAUUAUAGGACUUACUUUGGCUAACCCAUUACAUCAGCUAUUGUUUUCAUUUGCGCUGAUCCAUGGCUUGUUUUUAUCUCCAAGCAUCUUUUAUCAUGUCUUCCCAGGCUUGAGGACUAGCUUUGUGUUUACAUGGAUUGCCAAAUCAUUAAGCUCUCUCACCCUCGGAAUUUUUGUAAUCUCACUAGCGAUAUACAUUUUGGAUAUGGAUAACCCUAGAUCAAAUAGAGUAAUGAAAUCUAUUGUGCUCGGUGUUACAGGUCCUAUUGCUAUAAUUGCUGGUACCUUACUCAUGAUUCUCAAUGUUGAAGCUGAACCUCAGGUGGUGAAAUAUAUUCUUACACAAGGUGAAACUUCCUCUUAUCAAUCCGGUAUGAUGGUUUAGAUUCCACCAUAUAACAAAAUGAUGUAAUUCUUAACAACAGGUUAAAAUCAUUCGUCAUUGGUU